AUUUGAUUAAAAAAGAAUAAAGUCUAGAGAGAGAAAUUUACAUGAAAAAAUAAAAUAAGAGAAUUAAUAACAUUGAAGGAGAGAGAAUCUAGUGGGUUUUGAGCUGUGAUUUAGCUGUCUCUUUAUGUAUCAUUUCUCAUACACAUAUCUCCGAAAUCCCUAGAAAAAAACCCCUCACUCAUUUCUCCUUCUCUUCUUCAUCUUCUUUCUCUCUCAUCUCGCCCCCCAGAAAGCUUAAUCUUCUUCACGCAUUUGCUCAGAUCUCAAGGUGAACGUUUUUCUGCGAUACCCGUUAAUUCUGUUUGCGAUCUGAGCUUGGGAAGUAGGAAAAAGGGAGGCCUUAAGAGAGGGAAAAAGUGGCAUUUUGUAAAUCAGAUGUCUCGUGUGAGAUGAAGGGGAAGACCCAUUUCGAUCUUCAUUCUUCUUUUCGUUUCUCACUUCUCAUUGCCUUCUUAGUCUGCUGUUGCUCUGCUGAGCAGGUGAGCAUUACUGGCCAUGGAGGACUCACUGAUACAGAAGCGCAGUACAUCAAGCACCGCCAGCUCCUCUACUAUAGAGACGAGUUUGGUGACAGAGGGGAGAGAGUCACUGUUGACCCUUCUCUUGUUUUCGAAAACUCAAGGUUAAGAAAUGCUUACAUAGCGUUGCAAGCUUGGAAACAAGCUAUUCUCUCUGAUCCUUCCAAUUUUACCUUAAAUUGGGUUGGAUCUAAUGUCUGCAACUACAGUGGAGUCUACUGUGCAGCUGCCCCGGAUAAUAAGACUAUCAAAACUGUCGCCGGCAUUGAUCUUAACCAUGGCGAUAUCGCUGGCUAUUUGCCGGAAGAGUUAGGGCUGCUUUCUGAUCUUGCAUUGUUUCACAUCAACUCCAAUAGGUUCUGCGGCACUGUUCCUCACAAGUUCAAAGACCUGAAAUUACUCUUUGAGCUGGAUCUCAGCAACAACAGAUUUGCCGGUAAGUUUCCAAAUGUAGUUCUUCAACUGCAUCAACUCAAGUUCCUGGAUCUCAGAUUCAACGAAUUUGAAGGCACUGUGCCGAAGGAGCUUUUUGACAAAGAUUUGGAUGCUAUCUUUAUCAAUAAUAAUCGUUUCAGAUUUGAAAUUCCGGACAAUUUUGGUAACUCUCCAGUUUCUGUAAUUGUCUUGGCCAACAACAAAUUUCAUGGCUGUGUGCCUUCUAGCCUUGGUAACAUGUCGAGGCUCAAUGAAAUUAUCCUCUUGAAUAAUGGCUUGAGGUCUUGCUUGCCACCGGAGAUAGGGAGGCUGAAGAACUUGACGGUGUUUGAUGUGGCCUAUAAUGAGCUUAUGGGGCCUUUGCCGGAGACAAUUGGAGGAAUGGUGAGUCUAGAGCAACUUAAUGUGGCUCACAAUAUGCUUUCUGGAAGCAUUCCAGCGAGCAUUUGUCGGUUGCCGAAUUUGCAGAACUUCACCUUCUCUUACAAUUUCUUUACUGGAGAACCGCCGGUUUGCUUGAGUUUACAGUCGUUUGAUGAUAGGAGGAAUUGUUUGCCGUCAAGGCCGGUCCAGAGGUCGGCAGCGCAAUGUAAGUCGUUCUUGUCUAAACGUGUGGAUUGUUCUUCGUUUAGAUGUAAACCUUUUGUUCCCUCUUUGCCACCUCCUCCUCCACCUUCACCACCGUUGCCGGUUCCUUCUCCUCCUGUUGUGGUUCCCUCGUCUCCACCACCACCACCACCUUCGCCUCCUCCCCCUGUUUUCUCACCACCACCUCCACCUCCUCCCCCAGUUUACUCACCUCCACCUCCACCUCCUUCACCAGUUUACUUACCAUCACCUCCACCGCCAGUUUACUCACCGCCGCCUCCACCUCCUUCACCUCCACCUCCAGUUUACUUACCACCACCUCCCCCUCCUUCGCCCCCACCUCCAGUUUACUCUCCUCCACCGCCACCUCCCUCACCCCCGCCGCCAGUUUACUCACCGCCACCACCACCUCCUUCACCUUCGCCUCCUCCACCAGUUUAUUCAUCACCUCCUCCACCGCCACCAUCACCAAUGCCGUCGCCACCAUACUGUGUACGUUCACCACCACCGCCACCACCAAGUUCACCUCCACCUCCAUUAUUCUCUCCACCACCACCUACCCCUUACGUUCAUCUCUCACCACCUCCGCCACAACACUCGCCUCCUCCACCACCGCAUUCACCACCACCUCCUAUUUAUCCAUACUUAUCACCUCCACCUCCUCCACCUGUCCAUUCGCCGCCACCACCAUCACCAUCUCCUUGCAUAGAACCACCUCCACCUCCUUCGCCGCCACCGCCAUGUGUUGAAUAUUCGCCGCCGCCACCACCAUCGCCAUUGCCACCACCACCAAUUCAUUACAAGCCACCACCAUCACCAUCUCCCCCACCCCCACCUGUAGUCUAUACUUCACCGCCUCCACCAGUUCAUUACAGUUCACCUCCUCCACCAGUUCAUUACAGUUCACCUCCCCCACCAGUUCAUCACAAUUCACCACCACCACCACAUUACAAUUCACCACCGCCACCAGUUCCAUGCGAAAACCCACCACCUCCUACCCCAGUAAAUGAUGCACCAUUGCCGCCAGUGAUUGGAGUCUCAUACGCUUCACCUCCGCCACCUCCCUUCUAUUGAUUCUUUUGAGAAUUUUGUCCUCUAACCUUUCAUCAACAACACAAACAUAAUUUACAAAUGGGUAAUUGCGGAGUACGGUUCCGUUUUCCUCUUUUGGUUGGGCAAUUCUCGUCGCUCUGUGGAGGAAGAAGAGUAAAAGAGAUUGAAAUUGGAGAUUAAAAUAAGUUUUCUGUGCAGUAAUUGAAAUUACGUGAUCCCGAAGAGUUUAAAAAGAAAAGAAAGAAUAGAGAGGUAAGAGGACAAAGUCUCUCCAUAUUUAUUUGAAUUGUUAUGAAUAUUUGAGUUGUGAAAUAAAAAUGGCAGAGAAAGAGUUUUAGGUUGCAGAGGAAGUGUAUGUAUAGGGAUGAAUUGGUGACCAUUACCAUCACAGCUUGCAGAUUGCUUCGCUGAUGUUAGUGAUGGUUCUGGUUUGUGAGUUUUUAUUGUUAUUAUCUCAUCUUCUUCUUUUCAAGUAUCAUACUUUUCCGUUCUUUUCCAUUUUAUAGUAUAAUCAUGAACAUUUUACUUGUAUUUGAGUUCA